UGAAAAAAAAAAUAUUUCUGAUCAAAACAAGAGUUGAACAAAUAUAAAAUAUAGCAAUAAUAUUUAUAAUAUAUGCUCGAACUGGCGCUGGCAAUCAACUAUAAAGUAUAAAAAGGAAAAGGCAAAAAGCCAUCACUCAACGAACAAAAAAGAAAACGCACUCAUGAGAGUCGGUUAUAUCGCGCGAGAGAAUUGAAAGGACGUGGUCGUCGUCGUCGUCGUCGGUCGUAGCGCGAGCACCAGAACUUUGAAAUCCCUACUAUACCCCCAGCUUUUUCCUUUCAAUUCUUUGCUUGCUUUACGUCAUCCAAAUAUAAAGUCACGCCCAUUUUCCUUUUCUUUUCACUUCACUUGCAUCAUUUUCGCCCAAAUCUUCACCCCAAACCCUAAUUUCACGACGUUUGUUGCUAAAAUUCGCCUUCUAAACCCUACAUUUCUCUCUCCUUUUUUCCUAAGUAUCUGUCACGUACAGAACAAUACCCUAGUUUAAAAAAAACCCAAAUCAUUCCACUUUCCUCAUGGAUUCGAACCCUGAUUUUAUUUUAUUUUUCACUUGUUUUUCUUAUUUAUUCAGAUUACGAGAUUUUCAGCACUUCUCAUGAACGGAAGGUUGCCAUACUUUAUUUAUUUGAACAAACUAAAACCCUAAAUUUUUGUUUAUUUAUUUCUUUUUAUGAUGGAGUCGUCUCCUAAUGUUUUCGACAUAAGCUCCGAUGACGAUGAGGCAACACCAGCUUGGGAGGAGCCGAAAGGGGACGAUUACGACUGGUUGUCGGAAGUUCUGGAAGCCGUUGAUAAGGGAUUCGACGAUCUCGAUGAGGUGGUGGUCGUCGGGGAGGUCAACCAUACUAAGAAGUCAAAAUCGUCGAAUUCAGUGGCCAGGAAGGUUGUUGAUGAGGAUGAUGGUGAUUGUGUCGUUUUGGAAGGUGACCCAGAUAAAGCGCUGUCGGAUGUUAAUGAUCCCCAACAAGAUUCCGAUGAGUGUCUUAUUGUCGGCCAAAAAGGGCAGAUUGCAUGCAGAGAUUUUCCCCAUCCACGACAUGAUUGUGCCAAAUUUCCUUUCAGUUUGACCUCUCAUGAACAGCAUUGUGAAUUGUGCCAUUGCUUUGUUUGUGACACACGAGCACCGUGUUGUUAUUGGGGCUCGGGUAUCUCUACUGCCGAUCAUUGCCAUGCCACUGAUAAAGAGGAGAAGUGGAAGACAUUGCGGAAGACUUUCAGGCAUGGGAGAAAUUUUCCCAUAUCACUUGCAAAAGCUCCAGUCACUUCUUAUUCAACAGCAACGGCCCGAGCAAAGCAAGCUUCACGUUGUGACAACAUGCAGUUCACACAACAAAAUCAAGUUUCUAGGCUAACUCCGACUCGAGCUGCUGGGAAUUGCAUGCCUCAAAGUCACAACCAACGGCCGUCCAUAAUUCGUGCUUGUUCAUCAUCUACCAGAUAUGGGAUUCCUUAUAACCCAAAUGUGGGUAGUCAACGUGUUUUAAAUAGGACAAUGCAGUCACGUUCUGUUUCACAGCAGUUACUUGGUGUGCAUAAUACUGUAAUUCGAAGGGAUCGAGGUAUUAGGAUUAGUAACUUGGCUUCCCAAUUUGUCCCUUCCAACACCAUGUCUAAAAGAAUGGAAGUUGCCUCAACAAUGAACCGCGCUGCAUAUGUUCCUGUGGAAAACAUUACUUCUGCUAUUGCCUCACAGCAUCAACAGAAUCCAGCUUCACUUACAAUACCAUAUGAAAGGAAUUCAAAUCCCAUUGGAUGGCCAAAUUUUUGUCCUGGUUCAAAUUUAGUGACAUAUACACACCAGAGCUCUUCACAGCCUAGUGUGGACGGUGUCAUUACAAACUCAGCACCCUCCCAAUCCUCGGCAUACAGUCAGGCUGUUCCUCAGUCAAGCUUGAACCAAGAUACUAAUCAGCUUCAGAAUCAAAAUCAACCUGCAGCAAUUCAUGCCUUUUCAGAUUAUGACUUAAAUUGGGUCAACAACAUUGGUGUAAGCAAUCAACAAUCUUCUGUUGAUCAUGUACAGCUUCAAACCCCAGGGUCCACAAAUGAGAAAGAACCAUCCAAGGAGGUAAAUGAGGGAGAUAGAUCAUUUUACAGCGAGCUUGAGAACUUCCUUUUGGAUGACCAAUCCAUUCCUGGAGAUGUUCUUGCUGCAGAACUUAAUCCACUUUCCCCCAGUCAUGCAUCAAUUGACACUGUUAUGAAUCCCUUUGAUAUUGACACCUCUUGGGAUUGUCUAACUCGCGUGUAGCUGAUUAGCAUUAUUGUGCAUUCUAGAGAAGUAAACUUGGUUCUUGUCACAUAUAACUUAAAAGAGAAGUGAGAUAUAGGUUUGCGUUUUGUAGGAUUGAUUUAGUGACUGUAUCAUAAUAGAGGGAAGCUAUGGGGGUGUACAAUUGUACAAAAAGGAACAGCAGGGGCUGUACAGAAAUGGGUCGUUUAUUCGCUACCCAAUUUUCAAUAAUAUUAUCAAUUUUCCUA